GUGUUCGCAUUGGUGCCGGAUCUGGCACACCCCCGCCGGACCAAUCCAGGACCCCACCGCUUGACGCUCCGAGUUGCCCGUGCAUAUCAAGACUUCAAACAGGCACAUCGUGACUUCAGGAAGGCGGGCAAGGAAUGCAAGAAGCAGUGGUUUCGGGACAGAGUCGGGGAUUUGCAGAAGGCUGUCCAUGCUCGAGACUCCAGAACCCUCUACGCUGGCGUGCGCUCCCUGGCCCCGAAGCAGCAUAGAGUCAAAGUUCAGCUGCGAGACCCGCAAGGUCGACUUCAGGACCCUGCUGAACAGCUCAAGCAGCUGGAAAAGCACUACCGAGGCCUUUAUGCCGCGGAUUCUGAUUCUGAGACGGCGGGUCCCCGUCGUGCUGCGGUUCAACUGGACAUCGACUCUGCCGCACUGGCCAAGGCCUUGGCCGCACUGUCUCCAUACAAAGCCACCCCACCGGACCUCGCCUCCAACGCUCUCUGGCGCAUUACAUCUGAUGUUGUGGCCCCUGCGAUUGCCCGCUGGGCCAAGGAGUGGACGAGCAUCCCCCAGCUGUGGAGGAAUGCGUGGCUCGUCUUGGUGCCCAAAAUACCACGACCGUUAUCUCCGAAGAACCUGCGGCCGAUAGGCCUGACUGAAUCCAGCGGCCGAGCUUACGCCAGAAUGCUUCAGGUACAGCUCAGACCCUUCGCCGCCGAAUAUCUCCAAGGCAUCACACAAUUUGCCUAUCUUCCGAACAGAGAUGCGGCUAUGGCCAUCCAACGGGUAGCUGCACACUGCAGGUCUGUGGAGCAGAAGUGCUCCCAUGCCACUCGUACAGUGGCGGAUCGACAGAUGGCAACUGCUGGACAGAGCUAUGCCGAGGACAGUUCAGCUCCAGACACUAUGCAAUCCUGGCUUCAGGCCAACUCCACUACCUACGCCGACGACAUACACCUCAAGGCCCUCAUCAUCAAACAUGCCCGAGCCAUGGCGCACUCGUACGCACACUUGCAACAGGAGUCCACCCAGAAUGUACAUGAUCGUCUGAGAGUCCCCACGGCCCUGGACAGCCUCCUGAAGGAGGCCGCCGCUCUACACAAGCGGCUGCGUCUUCUGCAGGAUCAUUCUGACUUCGUCCAGGCGUCUGCCGUCGAGGACAUCCGGGAACAAGCAGCCACGCUCCAGGCCUCGAGGGAGGUGCAGUGGACUGCCCCUGUUGAACCGGAGGCAGGGCUGCUGCCUCACACCUGUGUGGAAUGCGGCCAAAGCUUUGCGUCCUUUCGUCUCUUGCGAUCGCACGAGGCUAAGAAGCAUGGACAGCGCACACCUCAGUGUGACACUCAACCCUUUGAUCGUUUCGCGCACGGCACUGGUGGCCUGCCCACCUGCAGGCAUUGUGGACAUCGCUUCAGGCAGUGGGACAAUCUGAUCAAACACAUCAAGAAGAACCGCUGCAAAGUUCUCAGAGAUAGGCUGGAUUUUGCCCGGGCCUCCGAGCUAGCCGAAGUGGACCCCGCAACCCUGCUGAGUCCGCCAGAGCCGAAUCCGAGGCAGGAAACAGCUCAUGACCCGCUACCAUCGGGCCGCGCAGAACCGAGACUCUGUGCAGAGGCUGAAAGCUCACCCGCUACAGAUCUCAUUCCUCGCUGUCAGCAGACAAUUGCUGCUGAGCAGUCGCUCUCCUACACCCCGACCACACCUCUCUGCACCUGGCCGGAGGUACAAGAGGCACUGGGCAAAGGACGAUGGUUCGACCUGCCCCUUAACCAGAAGGAUCCACCCAAGGGACGAAGCAAGGGCAAAGGCAAGGGCAAAGGAAAAGGAAAGACGAACUCCCCACCGCCGCAGGGAGUCUACCCGGCCACGCGCAUGUGGGCAUACUCCAGUGGUUUCGACGAAGAUCUGGAUCAGCCAUGGAUGUCGGACAGGACCUCUCGAUCGACGUGGCUGGAGGGGAGAGUGGAGAAGCUCACCCAGCUUGCCUUGAGGCAGGAACAGGUCAUUGCAUCCCUACGCCAAGACAUGACAAUGUACCUGUUCAUGAAGACGGGGGACGAUGGCAUGAUACCGGUCUUAUGCCAGGCGGCGGACAAGUGGCGAACCAUCAGGGAGGAAACACCGGACAAGCUGAACUACUCCUUGAAGCUCACGAUGUUCAAGCAGCUCUUGAUCUCCCUUCAGGAGAGACUGACGGAGACGGCCAAGUCGCAGCAGGCUAUGGAGCAUGCUCGCUCCCUGGGUUGGUUGGACGGCGACCAAAGCUGGAAAGUCCUGAAAUGGAAUCCGGCACAACAGGCCCUGGAAGUGGAGACUGCACUUCGGGCCGUCCCGACGGCAGAUCUGCUGGCGCAGAUCGUACAGGUCAGGAAGGCCACUACCGAGGAGACGUUGCUUCGCUUCAAGAGCAUUCGUCCCCUCUCCACCGAGGUCACGACGGACUGGGUACAGUUCCAGAUUGCAGUCUCCCUGCGGAUGGACGGAGCUCCAUUGUGGAGCACUCUCCAACAGUGGAUCGGCCAAUCUGCGUGGCACACCCUUGGGUGCCGACUCAGACGCGACCGUCCGAACUACGACAAUCUGGUGAGCCAGAUUUGGCUCAACUCCAUGGGCCGCGUGAACCGUUCUCCAACACAGGACUGGAGGCGAGUUGGGAGGCUCGACUCGACACACCGCAAGGAGUACACAAGCAGGCGGCCCUUCAUGCUCUCACGGGCGUUCCGCCUUACCUGUGCAUACAACUACAGAGGUUCACUGGGGAUUCAAGUGGUCUGCAACGAGAUUCCAGGCCGCUGCAUGGGCACAGAUCGACUGUUCGGCUUCCCUGUUUUGAUGCUGAUGCUAGUAUCCACUGCUCCUGGGCUCUGUACCAGGUGGUUGCGGCACAGCUCCACUUUGGACAUAGCCCAAAUGCAGGACAUUAUCGAUCUGUGCUUUACGGGCAAAAGAAGUUUGGGCAUCAGAGAGCGGUGGGUGACAGAUGACAACACUGCUGCACAGCUUGCAACUGACGAUUACGUACAGAGCAGCUACCUGCUCUGGAUGCGCCAG